AUGUCUGGACGUAUUUUUGUCAAGAGGAAGUAUAGGGAGGCAAUGGAGUAUUUGUACAAUGUGUACAAUGGAAAUUUAGGGAUGUUUGAUUCAGUAGGAUAUCUAAUUCUCGCUCUUGUUCGAUCUCGAUCUCGCUCGAUCUCGAUUCUCGAUGGAGCCAGCAAGUUCGACUUCACCGUGCAGAAUGACGGUGAUCAAGUCACGCUCAAGACCAAGAUUGUUACUGCCAAGAUCACUGGCACACUCAUUGACGAAGACCCGCUCGCGAUCUACACCAUUGAUAAGGUUUUACUUCCCAGGGAGCUUUUCAAGGCCCUGGCUCCGUCUCCUUCGCCCGCGCCUGCACCGGAGCCAGCCGCCGCGGACGCUCCUGCAUCCCCAAAGAAAGAGGGAAAGAAGAAGAAGCAGAAGGCAGCCGACGCGCCGGCAGAUGAGGAAUCAGCGCCUGCAGAUUCGCCCAGUGAUGCCGCCGAUGACAGCGCUGAUGACGGUAACGACGCUGUUAGGUUUGACGGCGUCAGGUACGGUAACGUCAUCUUCGUGGUUAUGGCUUUGUGCUUUGGGUUUUCGUUGCUGUAA